AUGAUGAAGAGGAUUACACACAACACAAUCCUUUUCUUCCAGAAUUGGAUCAUCUUGUCGACAGGACUUUCAUUGGGACAAUCCAUUCAGAGCGUUUCAUCGUUACAAGAAGGGAUCCAAGUAGCUGGAGAAUUGUGGUUGCCUUCUGACCAAGAACUUCCUCCACAUUACAGUCAACCAAUACACCAUGAAUCACGUCAGCGGUGGGCAAGCCAAUUGCUUGAUAAAAUGUUCCAAAUCAGUACCGAGGAAACUUUGGAGGCUCUCGAUUUUCGAAAUGAGCAAUGGAACCGCCUUGUUAAUGCAGCUGCGAUACCACAUGAAACAGCAAUAGAUCGACCAAAAAAGGAAGGGGUUUGGCUGUGUACUUCCCUACAGAGCAUACAUGGGAUUGUUUCCAGAAAGCAAGGCAUAUCCCAAGACGACAAUAUUCCAUCACAUGAACUACAAUCGGACACUUUACUGGCUAUUCGAAGAUUGAUCGAAAGGGCAUAUCAGCUAGCAGAAAAGUUCUCCUUGGAUCAAGCAUGCCAACUUCAUUGGAGUGUGGAGGGCUUAUACGCAAGAAUACCUGAAAUUGAGCGACUACCCCAAAGCGACAGUCUGCUAGAUCGCUUGGACAAAUUACCGUUUGAAAUCGUACCUCGUGGACUUGACUGGAGCAAUGUGUGUGAUCCUGGCCAAGUCUGUGAAGUGCUGGUUGAGUCUAUCCCAUUUUCAAAAGAAACAAUCAUCACACGAAAAGGAGUGUCUGUCCAAGAACGACGUGGUACUGCCUGGAUUGCUGACCCUCAAAUCGGGUCAUUGGCGUAUUCAGGUAAACUCAUGGUACCCAAACCGAUUCCCGAUCUGGUUUUACGAGUAAUGAGGUCAGUCGAGGAUCGCCUUGAUUUGGGAGGAGAUGGUAACUUCUUUGACUGUGCUCUAUGCAACCACUAUGCUGAUGCCACAGCAGCCUGUAAAUUCCACACCGACCCAGAACAUGGGACUUUCUGGCAUAGAACGACGGUGGUUGUUGCGGCUGGCACGGACCGCAAAUUUGCCUUCAAGCCUAUCGAAACAUUUUGGUCGGACUGGGACCCAUGCAUGGUGGAUGACAGCCAGCAGUCGAUGGCAGCCAGUAUCAAUCUAUUUUCAGGUGAUUUAGUGGUGAUGAAAGACAAUUGUAAUGACGAUUUUUACCACGCCGUUCAUGUUGGGGGUAGCGACGACGAUCGAGUCAGUUUGGUUUUGAAACGAGCCUUGGAUCGGAAUGGAAAAAAAGGCCAUGGUCAACAGGGGCAAGGGAGGAAAUCAAGACGGAAGAUUCAUUCUGUAAGAUCGCUUUAG